AUGUCGCAUCAGUUCCAAGACCUAACUUUGAUUGACACAAGGUCGUUGAUUGGAGGCCAGUGGGUUGGUGCCGCAUCUGGGAAGACCUUCAAACUUUUCGAUCCAGAAGACAAUGCCGAGAUUUGCGACAUCGCCGACUUGAGUGCUGAGGACACCCGAAACGCCAUUGAAGCCGCCAGCCAAGCCUUCGAGACGUACAAACUCACUCCCCAUCGGGAGAGGAGAUGGCUGAUGCGACGAUGGGCUGAUUUGAUCAAGGCAAACAGGGCAGACCUAGCUGCAUUAUGUACGCUCGAGCUCGGCAAGCCGUAUACGGAGUCACUCGGUACUGUACAGUAUGCUGUUGACUUUAUUGACUGGUUCGAGGGUUCCAUUGAGCGCACAUUCGGCGAAACCAUCCCCGCAGCCCGCGGGAAUAAUAGAAUCCUCACAAUCAGAGAACCUCAAGGCGUUGUCGCAUGCAUAACACCCUGGAACUCACCUGUCGCAAUGGUUACUCGUAAAGUGGGUGCCGCAAUCGCGGCUGGCAAUACAGUUGUAUGCAAACCGGCGCCCGAAACGCCACUUUGCGCCAUUGCACUCGCAAAACUUUUUGAACGAGCAGGCGGUCCACCGGGCGUAUUUAACGUCGUGACAGCCGGCCUUGAGAACACCCCGUCGAUCGGUAAGGAGUUAUGUAGUCAUCCGGCAGUAAAGCACUUGAGCUUCACUGGGUCUACUACUGUUGGCCGCCUGCUCAACACAGAUUGCGCCAGAACCAUCAAAAAGACUAGUCUCGAACUCGGUGGAAAUGCACCUUUCAUCGUGUUCGAGGAUGCCAAUAUCGAUAAAGCCGUGGCAGGCCUUAUUACGUCCAAGUUUCGAUCAUCUGGACAAACAUGCGUAUGUGCAAAUCGCAUCUUCAUCCAUGCGUCCAUAUUGGACAAGUUUGCAGAUGCUUUAACGGAAGGGUUGAAGCGCACUUUUACAUACGGUUCCGUUUGGGACAGAAAAGUGAACUUCGGACCCUUGUACGCUGGCAAAGGUAUUGCAAAGGUGGAGGAUCACUUGGAUGAUGCUCUAAGCAAAGGGGCUCGGGUUCACACCGGUGGUAAGGACAGUAGCCAUGGGCCCAACUUCUUCCCCGCCACUGUCGUCAAAGGUGGCGAGGUCGGCAUGAAGUUCAUGACAGAAGAGACGUUCGGGCCCUUGGCCUUUCUUGUACCCUUCCAGACCGAGCAGGAGGUCAUAAAAAUGGCGAAUACGUCCGACGUCGGCUUGGCUGGUUAUUUUUACACCGAGGAUAUUUCGCGCCUUUGGAGAGUCAGCGAGGCUUUGAAAGUGGGAAUGGUUGGAGUCAGAGUCGGGCUGGUGAGUGCUGCUGAGGCACCGUUUGGUGGUGUCCUCGAGAGCGGAUUGGGCAGAGAAGGAGGAAUUGCAGCUUUGGAAGAAUACUUGGAUAUCAAAAGUAUAACAAUCGGUAUCUGA